GUGAAAGAAAAAGCUAUAAAGUGGGCUUUGGGAGAGAGAAUGGAGGAAGAGACCCAGGGACAACAGAGUUUGGAGAAAAGUAUUAUUUUAUGUAGUUGCCAUUUAAGUCAGCUAUAGAACAAACAAGUCAUAACAUGCUUGGUGGACCCUUGGUAGGUCUAACAUUGGGGCCAAGAAAGAACAAGUGACCUCCCUGCUUAUGUCCUGCGUGCGACAGCUCUCCAUUUCUGCAAUGCUUUGCUUUACUUAGUGCUACUGACACCCCAAUACAUUAUAUACAGUGAGAGGCAGUGCACUAUGGGCAAGUUCAUGUACUAUAUACAGAAAGAGGUAGGGGCACUGAUACCAGGGCUGCUCCGGCCAUGAGGUAAUGCGAGAAUCUUGCCUCAGGCGAAACGGAGAGGGCAGUUACCAGAAGUGGCAAGUGCCUCUUGUAACUUUGAGUCUCUCUCUCUCUCUCUCUCUCUCAAGAGCCGUGGUCCCCGGGAGGUCGUCCCUACGUCAUUCGGCCACUAGGUGUCUCCCGCGCUCCCUUGCGCCAGUAGAAGACAUGAGCCUGACACCAAUCUGCUUCCCAGUGAGUCUCGAGCAGCAUCAGCAUCAGCGGCUUGAGCAGCGUCAGUAUCUGUGGGCACAGUGCAGGGUUGCGAUGGCAGCGCCACAACUAAACAAACCGGAGAGGAGCCUAUAAAUACACUGGGCUGCCCCGUGCCUCUCACACACCCCGCUCUCCCCUCGGUGACAUCUAUGUCUGCCAGCGCAGCUCCCGACUACUGGAUCGAUGGCUCCAAUAAGGACACCUUGGCCCAUUACUACGAGCUGGAGUCCGAGCUGGGACGGGGUGCUACAUCGGUUGUGUACAGAUGCAGACAGAAAGGAACCCAGAGACCUUAUGCUGUCAAAAUGUUGAAGAAAACUGUAGACAAGAAAAUUGUCCGAACAGAGAUCGGUGUACUACUCCGUCUUUCACACCCAAACAUAAUUAAAUUAAAGGAGAUAUUUGAGACCCCUACAGAAAUUAGCCUUGUUCUUGAGCUGGUGACAGGAGGAGAGUUAUUUGACAGGAUUGUAGAAAAGGGCUACUAUAGUGAGAGGGAUGCUGCAGAUGCUGUCAAGCAAAUCCUGGAGGCAGUUGCUUAUUUACAUGAAAAUGGAAUUGUACACAGAGACCUCAAGCCAGAGAAUCUACUUUAUGCCACUCCAGCGCCAGAUGCUCCACUCAAAAUAGCUGAUUUUGGUUUGUCAAAAAUUGUGGAUGAUCAAGUGACAAUGAAGACGGUGUGUGGAACCCCAGGGUACUGCGCACCUGAAAUUCUAAGGGGAUGCGCCUAUGGGCCAGAAGUGGACAUGUGGUCUGUAGGAAUAAUUACCUAUAUACUACUUUGUGGUUUCGAGCCUUUCUAUGAUGAGCGAGGAGAUCAGUAUAUGUUUAAGAGAAUUCUCAACUGUGAUUAUGACUUUGUCUCCCCCUGGUGGGAUGAUGUGUCGUUAAAUGCUAAGGACUUGGUUAAGAAAUUAAUUGUGUUUGAUCCAAAAAAGCGUCUUACCACACAACAAGCUCUACAGCACCCCUGGGUGACAGGAAAAGCAGCCAAUUUUGCCCACAUGGACAAUGCUCAAAAGAAGCUUCAAGAAUUCAACGCCAGACGCAAGCUGAAAGCAGCUGUAAAAGCUGUGGUAGCUUCUUCUCGCUUGGGGAGUGCUGGGAGUCACAGCAGCCAUGACAGCAAUAAACCAAGUAGAAAUCCAUCUCCAGUGCAAGAGAGCGGUUGUGAAGAAACCCCAACUCAGGAAACCAAACAGGUGGAAGAAGGAGGGUCUUGAGUCAACAGUCUCUAUGCUUUGGUUCUCGUCUCUGCCAUUUCAUGCACUGUCAGCAUCAUCCUUUCUAUUAGCAAGAAAGAUUCCUUAGCAUGGCCUCCAGGCAGUUCUCUUCAAGAGAUGCAAUGAAAUGUGCAAGUUGAUAAUCCUCUGUAAAUGCAUGUGACUGCUUAUAAAAUAGUGCAAGAGUGAAUUGAGAUAUGGAGGUGUUAUCUCAUACUAUACAGGCGUGUGAACUUUAAAACGAGCAACAUCAUUUCCUUAUUAUAACCUUGAUAUGCAUAGGCUCUACACAGUAGGAAACGUAUGAUGUGUGUAGUGUUUCAUUUUACAUUUUUUAUAAAGAUAUUGGACUUUCUA